GCGGCCGGGGCGAGCUUUGGAGUCGGUGGGUUCUUGUGGCUGCGGAGGCGGACUAGGCUAGCGCGAGGUCCCAGCGGCUCCGUCGGUAGACGGGGGAGAGGCCCGGCAGCGCGAGCGUGAGCGCGGCCGAGCCCGCGGGUGCCUCCUCGGCGGGUGGGGACGAGCGGGCCCCGCGGCGUCAUCGGCGGCGAGGAGCCGCGCGCCUCGGCCUAGCAUGUCGGAAGCGGGUGAAGAGCAGCCCAUGGAGACGACGGGAGCCACCGAGAACGGACAUGAGGCUGCCCCCGAAGGCGAGUCGCCGGCCGGCACUGGUACCGGCGUUGCGGCGGGCGCUGGAGGCGGGAGCGCGGCGCCCCAGGCCGGCAACCAGAACGGCGCCGAGGGUGACCAGAUCAACGCCAGCAAGAAUGAGGAGGACGCGGGAAAAAUGUUCGUUGGUGGCCUGAGCUGGGAUACCAGCAAGAAGGAUCUGAAAGAUUAUUUUACCAAAUUUGGAGAGGUCGUUGACUGUACAAUAAAAAUGGAUCCCAACACUGGCCGGUCAAGAGGAUUUGGAUUUAUCCUCUUCAAAGAUGCAGCCAGUGUGGAGAAGGUUCUAGACCAGAAGGAGCACAGGCUGGAUGGCCGUGUCAUUGACCCCAAAAAGGCCAUGGCCAUGAAGAAAGACCCAGUAAAGAAAAUUUUUGUAGGGGGUCUGAAUCCUGAAGCCACUGAGGAGAAGAUAAGGGAGUACUUCGGCGAGUUUGGGGAGAUUGAAGCCAUUGAGCUUCCAAUGGAUCCAAAGUCGAACAAAAGACGAGGCUUUGUUUUCAUUACCUUUAAAGAAGAAGAACCUGUGAAGAAAGUGCUGGAGAAAAAGUUCCACACCAUCAGUGGAAGUAAGUGUGAAAUCAAGGUGGCUCAGCCCAAAGAGGUUUAUCAACAGCAGCAGUAUGGCUCUGGGGGCCGUGGGAAUCGCAAUCGAGGAAACCGAGGCAGUGGGGGCGGCGGUGGAAGUGGAGGUCAGAGUCAGAGUUGGAAUCAGGGCUACGGCAGCUACUGGAACCAGGGCUACGGCUACCAGCAGGGCUACGGGCCCGGCUAUGGCGGCUACGACUACUCGCCCUAUGGCUAUUACAGCUACGGCCCCGGCUACGACUACAGUCAGGGUAGUACAAAUUACGGGAAGAGCCAGCGACGCGGUGGCCAUCAGAAUAACUACAAGCCAUACUGAGGCUUCAGCAGGAUGACUGACCACACACGCUUUGUUUGGAUAUCGAGUGAACACAAUUAUGUACCAAAUUUAACUUGGCAAACUUUC